GGCGGCGGCCCCUCGCGGCGAGAGCGGCGACGGCAGCGGACCACAAUGAAUGUGGAACAUGAAAUUAGCCUCUUAGUUGAGGAGAUUCGGCGACUGGGAACCAAAAAUGCUGAUGGACAAGUGAGCGUGAAAUUUGGUGUGCUCUUUGCUGAUGAAAAGUGUGCCAACCUCUUUGAAGCCCUAGUGGGAACUCUUAAGGCUGCAAAACGACGGAAGAUUGUCACUUAUCAAGGGGAGCUACUUUUACAAGGUGUUCAUGACAACGUUGAUAUCAUGCUGCUGCAGGACUGAUGCAGUGUUUCAGCUAUGCAUUAAUGGAAUUGUUUGAGACAGUGACUUGCAACAUCCUCUGAAUAAGGCUGAUCAUUCUAAGGUGUUUUGAUGUAUUUUCUAUGUCUUUAUAGCCAAAAUGAAACUGUCCUAUUUUGGAAAACAUUCCCUUUUGUAAUUCUUCCUAAAAUGGUACUGUAUGUGAGUAAGGUAAAAGAUGCCAGAACUCUCUCUCUCUCUCUCUCU